AAUAAAUCAAUCAGCCAAAGAGAAAGAGAACGAGAUAGAGAGAUGGGUUCUUCACAGAUAACUCAAGUACUCUUUGUGCUUCUGCUCCUUUGCGUCUUCCCUUGCCUUACCGAAUCAGCACUACCUUCUCAUUCAAUUACUGGGAGGAGAAUGUUAGAUUAUUAUCAACACAUACCAACAAGGCCAGGAUAUCCACCAAAGAGACAAGAUGGUGAUCAUAUUGGAAGAAAAUUGAUGGAUCACAUUGAUAUAGGAAAAUCAAUUAGUGGACAAGCUGGUGGACGCAACCAAGAUUCAGAUUCGCCUAUUCCUCAUUAAUAUAUAUAUAUAUAUAUAUAUAUAUAUAUAUAUUGAAUUAUGUGUGUUAGUUACAUAAUAUGUGAGUGUCAUUUACAUUUCCUGCCAUCACGAAAAAUAAGCUUUUUAAAAAGUUUGAUCAAAUAUGUAAUAAAUGCUUCUAAAUUGUGUACUAUAUCCUAGGGAAAUUCACAAUUUAUAAAGCUUUUUUUAUCAAA